UUGUUUUAAUUAUCAAGUUAAGCACAGCAGUGUUAUUAACACGCAAGCAAACUGAGAACAUUAUCAACUCUCCAGAAACCUGAUUAUAAUACUUAGGAGACAGACGAUACAUAGGAUAAGGAAACAUCGGACGGAUAGUUUAAUACAAGUUUGGCUUUGAUUUAUACUGACUAGGUCCAGUCUGUGUCCAAAAACUUGUUCGCGAGAGAUGCAAGUCUAUUAAAGUGCAUUCACUUUUCUGAUAUUUUACAUUACAGCGUUGGUUGUCUCAUCAAUGGACACCGUAAACAAAAACAGAACGAGAAAUCUCCAGAUUUACCCAAAAAUGGGUGAUGCAAGGAUUGGUGGAUCUUUCUCAGAGGACGUUCCCACGGCCUGGGCGAAAUCACAUCAUCACAGAUUUGAGCAACUAUUGGACACCGGAUUCUUAUCAGAUUUGCAAAUAUGCGUCGGGGAGAAAGUUUUCCAUGCGCAUAAAAUCAUUGUGGCGACGGGAUCUAAGAUUUUGUAUGAAAAAGUUUGUAAAAACGAGUCGGGAAAGUAUAUCGUUCAGGAGGAUGUAGAUCCUGUAAUUUUCCAUGCUUUUCUCAAGUUUCUGUAUACAGGAUUGACCUAUGACCUGAAGAUGCGACAUGCCCUUCCACUCUUGAAGUUGGCUGUUUCUUAUCAAGUGAUAGAUUUGGAAGAGAAGUGUCGCUCCAUGUUGAAUGAGGACUUGACGGAUGAGACGGCGAUUGAGAUUUAUCAACAAGCUGCGCAUUACAGGGAGGAUGACUUGAUGGAGAAAGCGCUUUGGUACAUCUGCAGGAAUGCUUGGAGCAUUGUUGAAUCGAAUGACUUCACAAAUCUAACCGUUGAAAAUUUGACGCGACUUUUACGCUCUGAGAAACUCCUUGUUCUUAACGAAACUCAAUUGGUUCGAGGACUUUUCAGUUGGGCCAAGAAAGAAUGCGGUCGACGAAAGGAAAAAAAUAUGUCUGUGGAACGACUUGUGGUUGAGUUAUCUCGCUGGAUAUGCUGGGACAGGAUUGACCCUGACAAGUGCGAAGGCUCGGAUUCGGUUCAGUUGAAAAAAUUGUACAACGAUUAUCACACGCUGGGAGAUGAUAACAUAUUAAGUCCCAAACGGAAAUGCAAAUUUACUCGGAAAUACUUUGAAGAUGACGAUAGUUCUUAUUUGAUCAGCAGAUUUCCUCAGAAAUUUGCGUACUGCACUGAUAACAGGAAUGCCGACCCAGAAAUUGUCAAAUUUAAAACGGAUAUCACAAUUUGCCUCUUGAGUAUCGGAAUUCCAGCGUAUUCUCAAACCUGCCAAGAUUUUCAUAAUGUGAAACUCGAAAUUUGGGAAGAUGUAGAUGACACAAAAUCCGAUGGAAAAAUUGUUAUUUCGGAGAAAGUCCCCCACUCUAAAAACAUGCAUCAUCUGAACAUCGAAAAACCUUAUAAAAUCCGGAAAGACACGUGGUACUGCGUAUCUGGGACAAUUACUGGCACUCCUGGCUAUGGAAAUAUGGGAGGAAAAAGUGUUCAUCACGUGAAAUGCAGCUAUCCCAACGGAGGAGAAGCAAAUGUCAAGUUUGAAUUUAAAUCGGGGGGAGGAGGACGUGACGAAAUUGGACAAAUUGACGAAUUUUGUUUCAAAUUGGUGGAACAUUAGAAACUCAUCAUAUAUUUCAACUUAUAUAUUUAACAAUUUAGCAUAUGAGUAUUGCCUUACUUAUCGAUUUGCUUAUCAAUCUAUUAAAAUACUAUAUUUAUUUAUAAAUAAGUUGUAAAUACAGUUUUGAACAUUUUUAAUUAUAAUAAAAUAAAUUCCAUGCAAAAUUGAAAUUGCAUGAAUUUGAGUAGAAGGACUAAA